AUGACCUGGGAGCUCAACCGACGACGCUUUGUCCGAGCCGUCAACAGCAAGUUCAUCUAUGGACGUUUGCCUCUGCUCCACACAAUCAUCUUCCUUAUCGAAAUGGCAUUCGUUGCCCGGCUGACGGCGCGUUUCAAUGCGUACUAUGAACAACGACCUCUCAUGACCAUGAUGGUCACCAAUGCCAUCCUUGGUGGCAUCGCCGAUACCGUCGCGCAAACCAUCACAUCUGUGCGCGAGCGUGCUCUCCGAAAGCCAGGCGGCAUCACCAAGGACGAUGACAUUGCGAUUGAGAUACAUGAACUAGAUGAAAAGAAUCCGUUCACAGACCGCGAGCUCAUUCCCGACUCCAAGAAACUGCCUCCGCCGUUCGACUUUGAGCGACUUACAAGAUUCAUGGCCUAUGGUUUCUGCAUGGCUCCAGUUCAAUUCAAAUGGUUCAAGUUUCUCUCAUCAGUCUUUCCCAUCAACAAGGGAAGUGCAUUUGGGCCUGCCAUGAAGCGAGUUGCCUUUGACCAGCUCAUCUUCGCGCCAUUCGGUGUCGGCGUCUUCUUCACGGCCAUGACUCUGGCUGAGGGAGGGGGUCGCCGCGGAGUCGCUCACAAGCUACGAGACAUGUAUGUCCCUACGCUCAAGGCCAACUACGCUAUUUGGCCCGCAGUACAGGUUAUCAACUUCCGCUUGAUGCCCGUGCAGUUUCAGCUCCCAUUCGUCUCGACAGUUGGUAUCGCCUGGACUGCCUAUCUCUCCCUGAGUAAUGCGUCCGAUUAA